AUGCUAAAUCGAGCCUCCCAAUUGCCCUGUCACCUCCAUAACAGCGUACAGAAACCGGAAUCAGUUCCCAAUCCCAAGAGGCGGAGUGCACUUGUAUGCCGUAACAGCUACAGUGAACUGCUCAUUGAAAAAUUGAACGAGCUGUUUGAUUUUCAUCACCUCCUUGAUAAUCAUGUCCAGCAAGAUGUACCGAAGCGUCCGGACGCUGCGCGGGAUUACUUGCAUUCAGCGCAGCCGAAGACCGAUCUUGAGUCGAGCUCAAUAUUGUUCGCUCCGCUAGAUGUGUUUGAAAGCGGUACCUCUGAAAGCGAUCGCAUAGACCACAAAAAUGCUCCUCAAUGCAGCUUUAGCUUUAACGUACAGACUUUGGGCUCCUACGAGCCUUUAUAUCCUAAUUGCGACCAUCAUCUGUUUUUGCACGAUCUUAUUUACGGUGACAUUUAUGAUGACGAUGAUGAGUGGUAG